AUGAUGAAAGGGAUAUCACUUUCUCAGUCGAAUAAUUUCAUUCCAAACAUCGAAUUCAAUCGAGUGAAGCUUCCGACCACAUCUCGAUCUUACCGUCCUCUUCCCAGAAGAUUCUUUCGUGUCCUAAAUGCUAAAUCAACAACUGACUCCCACGCGCCGCCACCUCUGGUAGUUGUGGGAUCAGCGAACGCAGACAUCUACGUGGAGAUCGAUAGAUUACCGAAAGAAGGCGAAACCAUCUCAGCCAAGACAGGACAAACGCUCGCGGGAGGAAAAGGCGCGAAUCAAGCCGCGUGUGGAGCCAAACUGCUUUAUCCUACUUACUUCGUUGGUCGUUUAGGGGACGACGCGCACGGGAAACUUAUCGCCUCUGCGUUGGGAGAUGUGUGUGGAGUACAUUUGGAUUAUGUGAGAUCGGUGAAGGACGAGCCGACGGGACACGCGGUUGUGAUGCUUCAAGAGGAUGGUCAGAACUCGAUUAUUAUCGUGGGUGGUGCUAAUAUGAGAGGUUGGCCUGAGAAGAUGAGUGAUGAGGAGCUUGAGAUCGUGAGGAAUGCUGGUGUUGUGUUGUUGCAAAGAGAAAUUCCUGAUUCUAUUAAUAUUCAAGUUGCUAAGGCUGUGAAGAAAGAAGGUGUACCUGUAAUCCUAGACGUGGGAGGAAUGGAUACGCCAAUCCCUAAUGAGCUUUUGGAUUAUAUUGACAUUUUGAGUCCCAAUGAAACUGAGUUGAGUCGCUUGACUGGAAUGCCAACUGAAACUUUUGACCAGAUUAGUGAGGCUGUUGCAAAGUGUCAUAACUUGGGAGUUAAGCAAGUCCUUGUGAAACUGGGGUCUAAAGGAUCUUCGCUAUUUAUAGAAGGGGAAGAACCGAUCCAGCAGUCAGUUAUACCGGCUUCACAAGUGGUUGAUACUACAGGAGCUGGGGAUACUUUUACAGCAGCGUUUGCGGUGGCAAUGGUAGAGGGCAAGUCCAAUGAGGAAUGCUUGAGAUUUGCUGCUGCAGCUGCCUCUCUCUGUGUCCGAGUAAAAGGUGCAAUACCUAGCAUGCCGGAUCGAGCAUCUGUCUUGAAGCUUCUUGAAUCUAGUAUCUAAAACUGAUACUCUUUCAACUCUUGUUACCUAUAAAAGCUCUUGAGAUCACGAGGGAAGAGUAUAUCAUCAGUGGUUGCAUUAGCUACAACCAAAUCAAUGAUUGUGAAUAAUGUAGUCUCUGUCUCUUUGAACAUCCACUCCUUUUCACUUGUUAUCUUGUGGUUUACUAAUUUCACCAUUCUCAAAGAGUCAAUAGUUAUCCAGCACAAUGUUGUUAUUUAUAGAUAUUAAUAUAUCAUCAAUCAAUCAAAAAAAAAAUCAUAUUAAAC